CUAUGAAAAGCUCAAACAACAGGCGACAUUUCAUCCUCUCUUCUCUCUUCUUCAUUGUGUUUCUAUGCGUCUUAGCUUCCAUUAAUGAGCUUCGAUUCGAUAGUUUAUUGAAGCUCGGUCAAUGCGCCAUUAUAAACUCUUCUACAUCUUCGCGUUCUGAUGAACCUCCGUUACCGAGUAAUGACACUCUAACGAAGAAUUCUUCUUCAUCGGACGAAGGCAUUAGGAUUCUCAUCGGAAUUCUGACCCUUCCGGAUCAGUAUCACCGCCGCCACUUCUUGCGUAUGAUCUACGGCACGCAGACGCCGGUGGGGGGACGAGUUGACGUCAAGUUUGUGUUCUGCAACUUAACAAAGGAAGAUCAAAAGGUACUCGUUGCCCUGGAGAUAAUGCGUUAUGAUGAUAUAAUAAUUCUCAAUUGCAAAGAGAAUAUGAACAAGGGCAAAACGUACACUUAUUUUUCAAGCUUACCUGAAAUUUUCAACGGCUCGGAUGGGCCUAAUCCUCCUUACCAUUAUGUUAUGAAGGGUGAUGAUGAUGCUUAUUUUAGGCUACAAAGUUUAGUAAAUUCAUUGAAGCCAUUGCCUAGAGAAGAUUUAUAUUAUGGUUAUGUUAUUCCAUGCCCUAGCAUGGACCCUUUUGUGCAUUACAUGUCAGGAAUGGGGUAUUUGGUCUCUUGGGAUAUUGUGGAGUGGGUUAGGGUUUCCGAUAUACCGAAAAAUCAUCUUGAAGGGCCCGAAGAUAAGAUAUUUGGGGAUUGGAUCCGGGAGGGACAUCGGGCGAAAAAUCGGUACAAUGCUAAGUGGUCGAUGUACAACUUUCCAGUGCCGCCGACGACAUGUACACAUGAGCUUUGGCCGGAUACCAUUGCUGUGCAUUUGUUGAAGAAUCAAGAGAAGUGGAUUGAGACUUUGAAGUAUUUCAAUGUCACUGAUAAUUUGAAGCAUUCUAAGUUAUAUCACAUACCUUGAUUUGGGAAUUAUUAUGCCAAAGAGAGGUAACCUAAUUCAUUAUAUUCUGUUUAUUCUUUUGAUGUAGAGUUUAAUUAAUGUACCGACACAUUAUUACAAUCUAAUUUUGAACAUCAAUUGUUGUAUUUUUUAUUUCAC